AUGAGCGUGCAGAAACGUGAAGACUAUGCAGAGACGUAUGUGGACCACUAUACUCAGCCACUAACAGCCCACAUUCCUGUCUCGCCAUUAUCCCCGCAUUUCGCUCCAUAUCUGGACAGCCCCCUUCCAAGUCAGCAAAGCUUUCGCGACGAGGACUAUGCCUAUCCACCACCACCAUCCCCCUCUCUUUCUAAUUCUCCGUAUACCUUGUCUCCUCCUCCGAGUCCAGGGCGUCCGGUCGGCAAAGAACGCGUUGCUUAUGCUGCCAGCCAAGGAGGUUAUGGGUACGGUGGUCCUACUGCACACCGACGCAGUAUGAUGAUGCCCUCGGUAAACCAGCAACAGCAAGGGAGGAGACGUAAGCGCCUUAUAAUGGCUGGGGGACUUUUGUUCCUUAUGACAGCAGUUGUGCUUGUCGUAGUUAUCAUCUCCAGACGCCGUAGUGGUGGAUCAAACGCGUCUGCAACCUCAGCCAGUUCAUCUGACUCAGAUAAUCGCAAACCUAGUUCAAAGAGCCUCGUAACCACCGGUGGUGAUCAAAGUGUCGUUGUCAACGAUUUUGGAGACACGUUCGUUUAUACCAAUUCUUUUGGAGGGUACUGGCUGGCAGACCCUGAGAACCCAACAUAUGGCGGACGCGCAAAUAGUUGGACUCCUUUGCUCAAUGAAACUUGGACAUGGGGUGUCAAUAGGGCCAAUGGGGUAAAUUUGGGUGGAUGGUUCCAGUUAGAACCGUUCAUUUCCCCCGCACUAUUCCAACCGUAUCCAUCUGCUGGAGACGAAUGGACCUUGUCGCAGCAUCUACUUGCAGACGGGAAAUUAGAAUCUACUUUGGAGACUCAUUACGCGACAUUUAUAACUGAACAGGAUCUCGCUCAAAUCGCCGGAGCGGGCUUGAACUGGAUUCGUGUCCCAAUUCCCUUCUGGGCUGUCGGCACUUGGUCUGAUGUCGGGACAGACGCAUUUGGGACUGGUGCAAACGGCGGGACCGUCGCCGAGCCGUUUUUAAACGCAGUUUGCUGGAAAUACUUUGUUCGUAUGCUCGGCUGGGCUCGAAAAUACGGUCUUCGUGUCAAUAUCGAUCUUCAUAGCUUGCCUGGCUCCCAAAAUGGGUACAAUCACUCAGGAAAGAUGGGCCAAAUCAACUUCUUAAACGGUCCCAUGGGUAUGGCAAAUGCACAACGAGCUCUCGACUGCAUUCGCGUCAUAACCGAGUUUAUUGCUCAAGAACAGUACCAAGAUGUGGUACAGAUUUUCGGAGUCGUAAACGAGGCACUCAUGUCGACCAUCGGACGAGAACAACUAGGCGCCUUCUAUAUCCACACCCACGAUAUGAUUCGGGGGAUCACCGGUAUCGGCAAAGGACCUUAUAUCAGUCUUCAUGACGGCUUUGUUGGUCUUGAAUCAUGGGCGGGCUUCGCUACCGGGAGCGACCGGAUUAUUCUCGAUACACAUCCGUAUUUCAGCUUUAGCGGCAACCCUAACAAUGCGCCAAUCGCAACGUCGGAAAACCCCCUGGAUCCGGCUGCGGGAGGCACCUGGCCAAACCAAGCGUGCUCUGGGUGGGGUGGGGGCAUGAAUUCCAGUCGGGGCGCCUUUGGGGUCACACUCGCAGGGGAGUUUAGCAAUGGAUUCAACGAUUGCGGGCUAUUCCUCAAAGGCGUGAAUGGGUCAACGUCUUAUGGGGGUGAUUGCAACUACUGGCAAGACGCGAGCCAAUGGAACACUUCCGUUAAAGCCGGACUGCAAGCGUUUGCCCUCGGCCAGAUGGAUGCAUUGCAGGACUGGUUUUUCUGGACGUGGAAGAUUGGUGCGGCGCAGAACGGGGUAGUGAGCUCUCCCUUGUGGUCAUACAAGGCGGGGCUCGAAGGCGGUUGGAUGCCGGCUGACCCGCGCGUUGCCGUUGGCAAGUGCAUUCAAGUCGGUGCAACGCCCCAAUCGUGGGCGGGGACCUUCAGCUCCUGGCAAACAGGCGGGGCUGGGGCAGGAAAUAUCCAGUCCCGCAUGCAAUGGCCGCCUGCGACCCUCUCGAAUCAGAAGGGCAACAUUCUGCUCACCUACACACCAACCGCGGCAAUCACGAGCCUGAUGUAUGUGAUGCCGACGGUAACGCCAACGGGGAGCGCAAGCGCAAGUGUCGCAAGCAUGCCUUCCGCGAGUAUGGGGAGCGGAUGGGCGAACUUGGCAGACACGACUUUAGCAGCUGCGCCAAUUGCUGGCUGCACAUACCCUAAUGCUUGGAAUGCGAUAGGACUGCCCGCGCCAACAGUGGCUUGCUAG